AUGUUUCUCUUGUACCGGGAAGAGGAGCGCUUCACGGCAGUUGGGGGAAAAUCGCAACAGAGGGUGAGCCACAUCCUGAGGACUCCUGGCAUCAACAGUGUCAUUGUGUUGCAAAUGUUGCACCUGGUAAAUGGCCUGUGGAGGUUUCCUUCUUCAUCAGGCUUGUGUGUUGAUAUUGAGCUGAACAGGAGGGAAGGUCGAUACAGCGCAAAACAGUUUCCAGGGCUUGGGAUCAGUCUUAGGGUUAACCUCAAGGGCUGCCUGUUAUUGAUCUUGGGCAUGGUGCUCUCAGUGCUGGGAUGGCUGGGCUCCAUCAUCUCCUGUACCCUGCCCAUGUGGAAGGUGAUGGCCUUCAUCGGCAACAACAUCAUGGGCUGGGAGGGGCUGUGGAUGAACUGCACUGUGCAGAGCACAGGCCAGAUGCAGUGCAAGGUCGACAACUACAGGCUGGUGCUGCCCCAAGACCUGCAGGCCGCCCACGCCCUCAUGGUUAUCUCAGUGCUGCUGUGGGUGCUGGUGUUGCUGGUGAGUGUUAUGGGCACCAAGUGCACCAACUGCAUGGAGGACGAAGGCUCCAAGGUGCAGAUCAUGAUUGUCUCCAGAGCCGUCUGCAUCUCCAGCAUCCCCUGCCUCAUCCCCAUCUGCUGGUCAUCCAACACCAUCAUCCGGGACUUCUACAACCCGCUGGUGUCCGAAGCUCAGAAGAGGAAGCUGGGGGCCUCCCCCUACAUCGGCUGGGCUGCCACUAGCUUGCUGGUUCUGGGGUGUGGCCUCCUCUACUGCACCUGUCCCGAGAAGAGCACCAACUUCAGCACCCAUUACACCGCCGCCAUCUCCCAGUCCUGCAGUGACUACCCCAGCAAAAACUGCAUCUGA